AUAUAUAUUCAAAUAUUUGACGCGGGACGCGGUUAACGUGGUUGUCAAGUUGAUAGUUAUGAGAUAAAAUUUAAGAAAAAUGUUGUUUCCUUUAGUAAUAAAUUUCUUUAUGGCUGUAAUAUGCUAUAUUAUAACAGUAAGACUGAUACCUCGACUAAAGGACAAGUUUAUAAAAGCAAACUUGUUUGGAAUCGAUAUGAGCAAGACGACAAGCGACAAAAUCCCUGAAUCAUUAGGUGUAGUAACAGGAUGCACCUUUUUAAUUACUAUGUUCUUAUUUAUACCAGUUCCUUUUGGAAAUAGUCUAUUAUAUAAAGCAAAUUUCCCACAAGAUGAGUUUGUAAAAUAUAUAGCAGCUUUACUUUCAAUUUGCUGUAUGUUGUUUUUGGGAUUUGCCGAUGAUGUAUUGGAUGUUCCAUGGAGACAUAAGCUUCUUCUUCCCACAAUUGCUUCCUUACCUCUUUUAAUGGUUUACUAUGUAAGCUUUAACUCAACAACUGUGAUAGUGCCUAAACCUUUAAGAGACAUGUUUGGUACAAGUGUUGACAUAGGACUUUUUUAUUAUCUAUAUAUGGGAAUGCUGGCUGUAUUCUGUACAAAUGCAAUUAAUAUAUUAGCUGGCGUAAAUGGUUUAGAAGUGGGACAAAGUGUAGUAAUAGGUUUAUCGAUAAUAAUUUUCAAUGUCAUUGAAUUAUUUGGAAAUCUCUCAAAGGCUCAUCAGUUCAGCUUGUAUUUUAUGAUGCCAUAUGUGGCAGCGUCACUUGCUUUGCUUAAACACAAUUGGUAUCCCUCUUCUGUGUUUGUAGGAGACACAUUUUGUUACUUUUCCGGCAUGACAUUUGCGGUAGUCGCUAUUUUGGGCCGCUUCAACAAAACUGCACUAUUAUUUUUCAUUCCUCAAGUUUUUAACUUUCUCUAUUCUGCACCCCAACUAUUCAAAUUAGUUCCUUGUCCGCGACAUAGGUUGCCAAAAUUUAAUUCAAAAACAGAUCGCAUGGAAUGUAGUCUAGUUGUUUUUAAAUAUUCAGAAAUAAAUGUUCUAGGAAAGCUAUGCCUUACAAUAUUUAGAAAAUUAAAGUUAAUUCAGUGGAAAGAGAAAUCUGAUACAAUCAUAACAAACAAUUUUACCCUCAUAAAUCUAGUGUUAUUAUACACUGGGCCAUUACAUGAAGCCAAGCUUACAAGUUAUUUAAUAGCCAUACAAGUGGCCUGUUCAGUAUUAGCACUUAUUAUAAGGUAUCCGUUUGCUUGGAUAUUUUAUGAUGUAUAGUACUAGAUUUAAAACCAGAUAUUUAUAAGUUGCUAAACCAAAGAAAGUGUAAAUAUGUCACAAAUAUAAAUUUGUUACAAAUAAA